UUCAUCCCUCUCUGAGAAGUUAAAUAUUUUUCAUUUCAUGGCACUGAUCAAUAUGAAAUCAUCCAUCGUUCUCUCCAGCAAUCCCCAUUUUCCUUCCACAAAAGCUGAGCUUUCUGCUCACAGAUCCUCCUCUUUCAGACUCCAUUCUCUGCCUACUGCUAACAAAUGGAUCAUUUCUGACAAAAGCCCUUCCACCCCUUUCACAAACUCUGAUCACCUCUGCCAUAACCUGGAAGGAGAGCUGAAAUUGUGCCAGAACGCUCUUAAGAAUGUGGGUGAAAAUUCAUUGAAAGGUCUUCAAAUGGUUGAUGCUAUGCAUCGCCUGAACAUCGCUUACCACUUCCAAGAAGAAAUUAACGAAUUCCUAGCAGCCCAACACACGAUCUCCGGAACUUAUGGAAGUGGCUAUGGUCAUGAUCAUCUUCAUGAGGUUGCUCUUCGCUUCCGCCUGCUGAGGCAGCAAGGUCACUAUGUACCUGCAGAGGUGUUUGAGAAGUUUACAGGAAAGGAGGGAAAGUUUAACCAGAAGGUAGGUGAAGAUAUCAAGGGAAUGAUAGAUUUAUAUGAAGCUUCACAGUUAAGAAUGGAAGGAGAAGCCAUACUUGAUGAAGCCGAACAAUUUGGCGGGAAGAUUCUCAAAGAAAGAAGUGCUUAUCUCAGCGCUGAUAAAGCUGAGUUUGUGAGGAGAACUUUGGAGCAACCUUUUCACAGAAGUCUGCCGAUUUUCACUUCCAGAAACUUCUUUCAAGGCAGCCAUGGAAUGAAUGGAUGGGUCAAUGCCUUACAAGGUGUGGCCAAAAUGAACUUCAAUUUGCUCCAAUCCGCUUACCAAACGGAGAUUAUUCAUAUUUCCAAAUGGUGGACUGAACUCGGUUUAGCUAACGAGUUGAAGUAUGCAAGAAACCAACCACUGAAAUGGUACAUUUGGUCAUUGGCAUGCUUAACAGAUCCAUCCUUUUCAGAAGAAAGAGUCGAGCUCACCAAACCAAUCUCCUUCAUCUACCUAAUGGAUGACAUAUUUGAUAUCUAUGGAACCCUUGAAGAAUUAACUCUUUUCACAAAAGCUGUUACCAGAUGGGAUAUUGAAGCUACCGAAAAACUACCAGAUUACAUGAAAAUGUGUUUCAAGGCAGUCUAUGAUGUCACCAAUGAAAUCAGCUACAAGGUAUAUCAAAAACAUGGAUGGAACCCCAGUGCGUCCCUUCGAAAGGCGUGGGGAAGGUUGUGCGAGGCAUUUCUGAUAGAAGCAAAAUGGUUUGCGUCAGGGAAGAUGCCUAGUGCGGAAGAGUACUUGAAGAAUGGGAUAGUAAGCUCGGGAGUGCAUGUAGUGCUGGUUCACAUUUUCUUUCUGUUGGGUCAACGAAUCUCUCAAGAAACUGUGCAAAAGAUUGACAAUAAUCCAACCAUUAUCUCUUCCACUGCCACAAUUCUUCGCCUCUGGGAUGACCUGGGAAGUGCUGAGGACGAGAAUCAGGAGGGAAAGGAUGGAUCGUACAUGGAAUGUGUGAUGAAGGAGAUGAUGGAGGAGGAAAGGGCGACAGAGGUGGUGAUGGGUAAGAUCUCAGAAGCGUGGAAGAGUCUCCACAGAGAGUUCGUAUUGGACGACACGUUUGGCUCGUCGUUUAGGAAGGCGUCUCUGAAUCUGGCGAGGAUGGUGCCAUUAAUGUAUAGUUACGAUCACAAUCAAUGCCUUCCCAAGCUAGAGUCGCAAGUCAAGUCGUUGCUUUAUGAUCAAGUUCUUCUGUGAUUAUCCCCACACGCCGACGAAAUUACUUGGGCCUUGGAUUCUCAUUUCUCUCGUGCGUUAGAUAGCUCGCUUCCUUUUGUACGGAAGAAAAAUCUUCAUGUGCAUGUAACUAUAAA